CGGUAAUUAGGUUCAUCCAGUCGCUUGUCCCCCUCGGCGAUAAUACCCCUUGCCUCCUACCAAGUCGGGAAAGACAAGGACCCUGGCCAGCUGCAAACAUCCUUCGCUACUGGUAAUACUCUGCCACCUAACAAUUUCCCCAAAAACUCGCCAAGCCUGACCCAGAAAGCCAUUAAAAUUACUUGAUGGUCGUUUUUCCCACUUCGCAUCGUUUAGCCGACACACGUCCUACCUUUCGUGAUCUGGUUAGCAUAUGCGACCCUCGACAAACAAAAUGAGAGGGAUUCCGUCAAGACAUGUCCGCUUUUUUUCCUAGCUGCUGUCCUGUAACAUUCUCAAAAUGAGCAGCAGUCAGCCCGACCCAGAAAAAGUGACGCCUUCCGAGGCUGGCGGUGGCCAAGUUCAACAAGAUGCGCCGGCCCCGUCCACAACCGCGGCGGUGACUGCCGAGUCCCCAAUACCGGAGGGCACUGCACCAGGCUCCGAAGAUGGCUCCAAGGGAAACCCGGAAAAGGGUGGCGAAAAGGCCGAUGACAAGGCCGACGAUAAGGUUACGCCUACUGUCAGCGCUCGGCCUGAGCGCGAGGCAACCUUCAAGGACUACGUCCGCGUCUUUUCCUACGCCAAGAAGUUCGACUACGUCUUGAUGGUCGCUGCCGCGAUCGCCUCUAUCGGAGCUGGAACCACUUUACCUCUGAUGAACGUCCUUUUUGGAAGACUCGUAAACAACUUUACGUCGUUUGACAUCUUCAAUCCCAAUGCCUUGAGCCAGUUCGAGUCCACUUUGAACCAACUGUCUCUGUACAUCUUCAUUUUGUUUCUUGUUCGAUUUACUCUGAACUACAUAAACAAGUUCUGCUUCCGACUGAUUGGAAUCCGAAUGUCUGCCGCGAUCCGUCUAGAUUUCUUGGAAGCCUUGUUCGCUCAGUCUAUCCACGUGCUGGACUCGAUGCCCUCGGGAUCCGCCGCUGGAACAAUCACGAGCACGGCCAACACGCUGCAGCUAGGCAUUUCGGAGAAGCUUGGAACCUUUUUGGAAUUCACGUCAUUGAUAGUCACCGCGUUGAUCGUGGCAAUGACCUGGUCCUGGGAACUAACCCUGAUCACUUCUACAGUGAUCUUUUUCCUAGGUUUAGUCAUCGGUGUCAUUCUCCCAUUCAUUAUCAAGGGGACCUCUAAGCAGACGAAGGCCGAGGCAAAGGCAACAUCUGUGGCCAGCGAGGCCUUCAACAGCAUCAGAAUGGUAACAGCCUGUGGUGCCCAGGAACGCAUUGGGCUGCGAUAUUCUGAAUGGGUGCACAAGGCCAAACAGUUUGGACAGUCCACGACCCCCUUAUUGGCAGUUCAAUUCGGUCUCAUCUUUUUUGGCAUAUAUGCAGCUUUCGCCCUCUCGUUCUGGUACGGUACGACAAAGAUGGCAGCAGAGGGACGCGUUAAUGACGCGGGCACUAUCAUCAUCGUGCUUAUGUCCGUUAUGAUGAUGAUUUUCUCGAUCGAGCGCGUGUCAGCCCCUUUAAUUGCUGCCUCAAAGGCUAUGGUAGCUGCGGCCGAGUUUUUCGUCAUUAUCGAUGCGCCCCGCCCGAACCCCGGGACGCUCAGGGAGCCCCAGGUGUCGGCCACUGAGGAUAUUUCUUUCUCGGGCGUUACGUUUGCCUACCCAUCCCGGCCUCACGUUAAAGUGUUGGACGAUCUAAGUCUUACAUUUCCGGCAGGCAAAGUGACAGCUAUUGUGGGCCCCUCUGGAUCUGGCAAAUCUACGAUCGUGGGUUUGAUCGAGAGGUGGUAUAACCUGAAGCAGGGGCAUGUCUUAGCAAAGACGGUCGCUCAGGACAAGACCAAGGAGAACGAUAAGAAGAAGAAGAAGGAUGGAAAAGAUGGUAAACCCAAGAAGAAAUCAUCCGACGGCUUAGAGGAUGACGACAACGAGGAAACCAGCCCGGCUCCAGAGGAAACCGGAGAUCCCAUACAGCUCCAAGGAGAGGUGUCAACGUGCGGUCACAACCUGGACGACAUCAACAUCAAAUGGUGGAGGUCCCAGAUUGGCUUGGUGCAGCAAGAGCCAUUUCUCUUCAACGACACUAUCGAAAAGAAUGUCAUGUACGGACUUAUUGGUUCCGAAUUUGAGAACGAAUCGGAGGAGCGCAAAAAGGAGCUGUGCCGUGAGGCAUGCGCCGAGGCUUUUGCGGACGAGUUCAUUGACCGGCUACCUGACGGCUACCAAACGCAAGUGGGAGACUCGGGUACCAAGUUAUCCGGCGGACAAAGGCAACGAAUUGCCAUUGCUCGUAGCAUCGUCAAGCGGCCCAAGAUUCUUAUAUUGGAUGAGGCGACCAGCGCCAUUGAUGUUCGAGGAGAACGUAUCGUUCAGGCGGCUUUGGAAAAGGCAUCGCAGAACCGUACUACGAUCACGAUUGCCCACAGGCUCUCUACAAUCAAGUCGGCCGACAAGAUCAUAGUCAUGAGAAACGGAAAGGCAGUUGAACAAGGCACGCAUGAGUCCCUGCUCAAGGAUGACAAGGGCGUCUACUACGGCCUUGUGAAUGCGCAACAGCUGUCCCUGGGCGAGGAGAACGACGACAGCGAUGUGGCCGAGGACAGUCUCGAGGAAAGACUUGCCAGGGAAAAGUCUGCAGCCCUGUCCGAGAAUGAGCAGGCAACCAUGGCUCCGGGAUGGAAGAAACGUGGUCUUUUCAACAGUUUCGGCAGGCUGUUAGGAGAGCAAAAGUCUCGAUGGCCUGUCUACGGCAUAUCGGUUGUUGCAGCAAUGAUUGCCGGCGCGGUUGUGCCGCUUCAGGCGUUCCUGUUUGCCAAGUUGAUCGCCAUCUUCCAGAACCCGACCGUAGACAGAUAUAGGUCGGAUGGUUCCUUCUAUUCGCUGAUGUGGUUGGUGCUGGCUGUGGCUAACGGCUUUGGCUACUUUUUCCUUGCUUAUUCUGCCAUCCACCUUCAACACUUUAUAUGUGCCGUCUACAGGCAACAAUACUUUCAGUCGCUGCUCUAUCAAAAGAUUGGCUUUUUCGACGAGGAGCCCAACUCGACGGGAUCCUUGACGGCAAGGGUGGCAGGCGACCCUAAACAGCUCGAAGAGCUUCUCGGCGUCAACAUGGCAAUGGUAUAUACCGCGGUCUUUGGCCUCCUCGGUGCCCUUGCCAUUGCUUUUGCCCACAGCUGGAAGCUCGCUCUUGUUGCUCUUUGCGUGACAGUCCCUCUUGGAUUAGGUGCAGGCUAUUUCCGUUUCAAAUACGAGCUCGAUUUCGAAAAGAUGUAUGCCGAGGUAUUUGCAGAAUCGAGCAAAUGGGCUUCAGAAAGUAUCGGAGCCUUCAGAACGGUUUCCGCAUUGACUUUGGAGGAUGUUAUAACCUCGCGCUACUCGACCCUACUUUCGCACCACGUCACCAAGGCCUACCUAAAAGCCAGGUUUACCACAUUGAUCUUUGCUCUAAGCGACUCGAUCAGUCUUGCUUGCCAGGCUCUUGUCUUCUGGUACGGCGGCCAGUUAAUCCUCAGGGGUGAGAUUGACAUUGUUCAGUUCUUUGUCUGUUACUUGGCUGUCAUCAACGGAGCCGAAGCGGCCGGCAACGGCUUGAGUUUCGGUCCCAACGCCGCUCAGGCUGCCGCUGCGUCCAACAGGAUCCUUAGCAUUAGGGACUCGGUGGAGAAGGAUUUGAGCAACACGAAAAACGCCAAGUCAGUGCCUGAUGCCGAGAACGGCGUCGAAAUAGAGUUCCGGAACGUGUCUUUCAAGUAUCCCACCAGGAAUGUAAACGUUUUGAAGGAGUUGAAUCUAACUAUCGGCAAGGGAAAAUUUGUGGCUUUGGUCGGUGCAUCUGGUUCGGGCAAGACCUCCAUCAUUUCACUUUUGGAACGCUUUUACGACGUGGCCAAGGGCGAGAUCGUCUUCAACGGUGUACCCGUCACCGACGUUAAUGUGUUCGAAUACCGCAAGCUCAUGUCCCUGGUCGCCCAGGAGGCAACCCUUUUCCAGGGAUCCAUCAAGGAUAACAUCUUGAUCGGCGUUGAUCCGACGACCGUGACCGAAGCCGAGUUGCACGAGGUCUGCCGCGAUGCCUCUAUUCACGACUUUAUCGUCUCGCUCCCAGACGGCUACGACACCGACAUUGGUUCCAAAGGCGUUUCACUUUCGGGCGGCCAAAAACAACGGGUUGCCAUUGCGCGCGCCUUGAUUCGCAACCCUCGCGUGCUUCUCCUCGACGAAGCCACAUCGUCUCUCGAUUCGGAUACGGAGAAGCUCAUCCAGGCUACCUUUGACCGCGUUUCCAAGGGCCGCACAACCGUAGCCGUUGCCCACCGCCUCGCUACCAUCCAAAACGCCGACCUCAUCUACGUCCUAGGCGAGGGCAAAGUGCUGGAGCAGGGCAGCCAUGCCGAGUUGCUCAAGAAGCGCGGCGUUUAUUGGCACAUGUGCCAGAGCCAAGCUCUGGACAGGUGAUUUCUCUUCCUCGGCCUUUUUUUUCUUUUUUUCCCUACAAAUCCUUACUGCCAUGGUGGCCCGAGUCUUGAACAUGAUGCUCUCCCCUCCACUACCCUCGUCCUAUUUCGCAAAUACAUACCCAAAAGUUCGGUGAAACAGCCACCAAGAAAAUCCAUCAAAUCCCCCUUUUUCCUUGUUUAGGAGACGAAAAGAAAGAUCGAUCUGUGAUCAUUUGGUGUUUGUGGAUGAUGCAGGAAAUAAUGAUGUAUAGCAACACUGUGUUUAAUAGUAUGAAACCCUCCUCGGUUCUUUUGUUUUCUUUCGCAUAGCCGUCUGGCAAAAUCAAAAUAUACAACUUGCCUUCAGGAAGGCUUGCAACUAUAUGUAACCUCGGAAUAGACAUGUUGACCACGCGGAACAGAUGUAGAAUUUGAUCUGCUUGCUCC